AUGAGGGAACCCUACCAGGCGCAAGGGCGUCCGCCACGACCUCCAGUCGACGCCGGAUCCAACUACUCCCACUCACCACCCUACAUGACUCCAACACACAUUUCCCCACCGCAAGGCCAAUCGCCCUACGCUAAUGCGCGUGGUGGCUGGGGUGGGCAGCAGCACUAUGGAAGCCAGCAAGGUUCUCCUAUGCAUGGCUACUCCCCUAAUCAAUCACCAUACCCACAUAAUUACUCCCCAGGCACGCCUCAGGUUGGGUACUAUCCCGGUCAACCGUACCCCCCUCAGCAACCAGUACAGCCUGGCUUCCAAAACCCUCCCUACCGAGGUGGACAUACUGGUGGCUAUCGUGGCAAUCAUUAUGCCACUCCUGACAGACGCUACCCUACCCCAACUCAGAGUUUCCCGCCGGCUCAGUCUGCACGCAGCGGAAGCCGGGGACAAUUCAGCAAUCUAUCAUGGACACCUUCGACUGGGACGAGAGGAGGCCGCCCAGCAGUCGACAACAAGGUCCGUUCUACCGUUGCACAAACUGGCCAAACUGUUACACCCGUAACCCCUCAGCCGAUCCCAGACUCUUCCGUGGCAGGAGAUGACGAGGAAGACAAUCCUUUUAGACCAUCAAAAGACCUCAGGGUAGAAGAUGAAGUCGCUAAAGAAGAGAAAAAUAUGCCACCACCAGACAAACCCAAUACCGCGAUAUCGCCUCAGACUGGACCGAAGUUUGGGUUCUCGUUAAAAACAAAGGUUCCACUUCCGCCUGCCGUUAUCGCAGCGUCAAGGCCGGAACUUCCAGAUAAACUUCGGUCCGAGUCUAUCCUCGACUCGAAAGCCAAACCCGCUCCUCCACAUUCCUCCAGGUCUUCUGACACCAGGGUCGACCGCGAACGAGAUCGAGAUCGAGAACGGGAUCGUGACCGAGACCGAGACAGGGAGCGAGAUCGAGAUCGACGAUAUGAUAGGGAUCAUGAUACUCGAUACGAGGCGAAGGACUAUCGGGAUUCGCGAGACGUACGGGACUCCCGGGAUUCAAGGGACCGAGAUUAUCGAGAUUCAAGAGACAGGGACCUACGAGACUCA